AUGGAGAAAUCAUCAUCCUCAAUGAAACAAUGGAAGAAAGGUCCUGCUCGUGGUAAAGGCGGUCCACAGAACUCUCUUUGUCGGUACCGUGGAGUCAGGCAAAGAACUUGGGGCAAAUGGGUGGCUGAGAUCAGAGAGCCCAAGAAGAGAGCAAGACUCUGGCUUGGCUCUUUCGCUACAGCUGAAGAAGCAGCCAUGGCUUAUGAUGCAGCCGCUCUCAAACUAUAUGGCUACGAAGCUUAUCUCAACUUACCUCAUCUGCAGCGGAAACAAGGACCUCCUGUGAGCAACACUCAGAGGUUCAAAUGGGUGCCUUCAAGGAAGUUUAUCUCCAUGUUUCCUUCUCGUGCCAUGCUUAAUGUGAAUGCUCAGCCUAGUGUUCACAUCAUCCAGCAAAGACUAGAGGAGCUCAAGAAGAAUGGACUUUUAUCUCGAUCCUACUCUUCUUGCUCUUCCUCCACCGAGUCCAAAACUAACACUAGCCUUGCUGAUGAGAAGAGAAGCAAGGGAGAAGCAGAGAAGAUGUUGGAAGGUGAUGGUGAUCAUGAUCGUGAUCAGAAGAAGCCAGAGAUCGACCUGAACGAGUUUCUCCAGCAGCUAGGAAUCUUGAAGGAGAAGAAAAGUCAAGCAGAAGCAAGUGAGGUUGCAGAGAGCCAUUCAACGCCGUCUUGGAACGAGCAAGAAGAGACUGUAAGUCCAUUCAAGGCUCAGAGUUUCAGCUUGGACACCUUUACUGAGAUGCCAAGAAGUGAAACCACGACUAUGCAGUUUGAUCUGAGUAAUUUUGGAAGCUUUGAUUUUGAGGACGAUCUUGGUUUCCCUUCCAUCUGGAACUUCUGCGAAAGCUUAGAUUAA